AUUACCCUCCCUGGCGGUAUUCCUGAGUGUAGCUCGGGGUAAAGUUUCAGUACCACAAGCGGUAACCCCGAGCUACACUCGGGAAUACCCAUGCGGUGCUGCUCCGCGAUCCCUCGAUCACUUACCUUGUCCUGCGCUCCCGCGAUGUCCCUCCUGCAGUGUCCCCAGCAAUGUAAUCCGGCGGAUGCCGGCAUCUGUCAUCUGUGUUCCGUCCUCUACGAGCGUCGGGAAGUAGGGGGGACGGAACGGCAGGAAAUUUGAAAAUGACAAAAAG